AUGGAACUUUGCUUGGCAGGUGAGGCAAGCAGCUGUAUACGUGGAACCCCAAAAAUGGAGGAAAUGAGAGAUUAUUCCAGAUUUUUGGGCAUGGAGAGGAGCAAGAGGGCAGGUCACAGCCUGGACAUGAAGCCGGAGGCACGUGUCGCCUGCCAGGUGAUGCUGGCAGCGCUCUUCACGGCUCUGUUUGUCACAGCCAUCACUUUUGCAGUGCAGGCUUUUCAGCCUCAUCCCCAGCCCUACUUUCAGUGCCCCUUCAACUGGAUCAGAUAUAGAGGAAAAUGCUACUAUUUUUCGGAGGCUGCAGGGAACUGGACAUCCAGCCAGGACAACUGCUCAGCACUUGGUGCUUCCUUGGCCAUCCUGGACAGCAUGGAAGACUUGAGCUUUGUGAUGAGAUAUAAAGGCAUUUCAGAGCAUUGGAUUGGCCUUUUGCGGAAAGAUGAGGAGCAGCCAUGGCAAUGGCUGAACCACUCACUUCUAUCACACUUGUUUCAAAUCCGUGGUGGUGGGCUCUGCGCUUACCUGGAUGACAACGGGCUCAGCUCCUCCUACUGCAGCACUGAGAGGAGCUGGAUUUGUAAUAAACCUGAGCUACAGAGCUCAGGCAAGGGCAAUGGGAUGAGACGGGCUAAAAACCUCUGUGUCAGCUCCUUGGGUGCUGAAGGGAGGGCUUCUCACACUCAGAUACCUGCUGCACCAAACCUCAAAAAGGCUUUGAAUCCCCUGCAUGAGGGGUUCUUGAGGGUACCAGGGGACCAACAAGGUGUUGAUGGGAAAGGGCAACCUUUGGAGACCCACGUAGGGCAGUCCUAGGGGAUCCUGGGGGCUAGGGCAACCUUGGGGGUCUUUUUAGGUCUAGGGCAACUUGAUGAGAGGUCAAAUGCAGACGCCUCCUGCUUCUUAGAAAAAAAAUUUAUUAUAUUCUGAGCACAUUUAUAUAAAUUGCAUGUUAAUUACUCGGAAAUACAUCCUGAGCAUGGAGAGGGAAAGAGUGGGGAAGUGAGUGUGAGCACAUCCUUGUGAUGACAAAAUCAGUUUUAAAAUGACGCAGCAGCUGGCAUUAAUGCAAAGCCUGCAAAAAUUAAGAUUUUUAAUCUGGGUUGGAAGCCUGGCCAGUGAUGGGCAUUGGGGUCAGCAAAGGAAUUAUCAGAGAAGGCUAUAUGGGAGGAAAGGUCAAGUUUUCAGGUCAAAACCAGUUCAGUGAAGCCCUGCUUCUGUUAACAAGCUUUGAAUGAAUUUAAUGACAGUGGCUUUGAGAUGAGACGAGCUGUGCUGAGCUCAGACUCAAAAUCCCCUGGACAUAACCCAAGAUAAAGACAUCUGUGAUGAAGGUAGGACCAUGAGUUGAGCUGGAAAGGACUCCAAGACCUGGAAGAGAAGACUGGAGGAGCAUCAAGGAGCAUUCCAAACACCAUGGUGCAACCAGGUGUGGAAGGAUCCUGUCAGCACAUCAGCCCUUGGGGGACAGUUUGAUGGUUGAGAGGAGCACACAGAAGUAGGGGAAGACCUUCUCUCCACUGAAGGAAGCCACAGGGAAGGUGAAGAUGCACUGGCGGCUGCCAACAGCAUAGAAAGAGACCUGUCCCACCUCGUAGUCCAGGUAGACCCCAAUCUCCCCAUUGAGGAGUGGGAUGGAGGUGUUGGAUGGAGCCGUGAGGGCAACGCAGAGCUCAUCAUACUUCUGCAAGCCCCAAAUCUCAGUGCUGGGCUUGAAGAGGACACGGCCUUUCCUCUGAACCGACUCACGGGCCACUCCCACGGUCCAGAAGCGCCCAUUGGCCUCCACCUCCCAGUAGUGACGGCCUGAGGUGAAGCCCUCGCUGCCCAGCAUGCACGGAUCUGUGUCGAACCGGCCGGGACCCUCAGGCCACCGGCGCUGAGGUCUGCCCCAAGUGGCCUCUUUGAGGUCCUCGGAGAGGAUCACCUCAGGACCCACUGUGGCUGGAUCCAGGGUCACAUCCACUGAAAAGCAAGACAGAGAAGGGAUCAGAAGCCACAUUUAAGUGUAGAGGAGGCACCCAAAAACCUGAUUCAAAAGUCACUGCCGACUUUUCAAAGAGAAAGGGAGAGGAGGGGUGAGGUUGGAGAUGGAAGAGUGAAGAGGUGGAGGUUGGAAAUGGAGGAUAUCCAGCUCAGGUUGGAAACAGAGGAGUCAAGAAAAGGAGACUCUCCAGUUGAGACUGUAGAAGGAAGAGAUAAAAUAUGGAUGCUGGAGAUGGAGGAUCUCUAGGCCAGGUUGGAGAUGGACGAGUCAAGACACAGAGGCUGGAGAUGGAGGACCCAGGGAUACAAAAGGUGGAGCUGAAGAAUCUCCAACUCAUUAGACAUCUCAUUUGAUGCAGCCUCAGAAAACACCAGGAAUUAGUACUUUGCUCCUGCUUUGAUUACCUUCAAACUGUUUGGCAGUGUGGUAGUCCAGGGCAAGGUCCCAUGUGCAUGGCCGUGGUUUGAGGAAGAAAGCCAUUGUGCCUGCAGUGU